AUGUACGAAGGGAUUGACAACUUGAAAUCCCUUUACGACCGUGCCGGGAAGACUUUCUCCGGCGGUCCUUCUGCGGCACAGGAUGUGCCGCGUCGUACUGCUCAACCAGACCCAGUACGUCGAUCAUCAGUUGGGAGCGGGGCUCCCAGGAAUCCCAGGACGGGGGAUAGCCGCGCCACCGGACGAGAUAACUCGUCCGACGUCCGUUCACGUCGUGGUGGUUCAACAGCUGCUCAACUAGAUAGCGCUGUCCACCGCGAGAGUCCUCUAAUGGAGGUGGAGGAGGAGGAAAGACGCUCUCCACACGAUCAUGGGGAUCCGUGUGUUCCCGAUAGCUUCUUUGAUCGCGUAACGCAAGGGUUACGAAACGAUCUCGAACAUGAGCGGGACAGGCGUCUCCAAAUGGGGGACACUGUCUUGAAGCAUCGAGCUGAGUUUGCCUUUGCUCAGCUUGAGAACGAGAGAUCUCUGACAUCUCUUCGUGACGAGCUAAGGGUAGCUCGUGGGAUUGUUGAUCGGUCUCGGGAUGAGAUAGCUGCUCUUCAGACCCUUGUUGAUGCCCACCAUCGGGAGCACAAGGCUCUCUGCGAGAUGCUUGAGCGCAAGGGCGUUCUUCAUCGGAAGAAGCAGCGUACUGAUGGUACGGCUUAA